CAUGCACUAUUAUAUCACAAUGCUUAUCACGCCGGCGAAUCAAUGCGGUGGCAUAGCCGGGUUAUUCGUUUUCGGACAGAAAGAUCAAAUUACUACGAGACCCUCGUUCACAAACUUGAAUACCCUAUUCACCGUGCCUCCGGUGGUGGCAUUGGCGGCGGAGAGAAGAGCAGCUUCAAAGGCGUUACGGUGUUGUGCUCGGAGAAGGGUGAGAGACGACGUAGGAGGUGAAGAUGAAGAUGAAGAGUACGGGUACAACGAGGAGAUGGCGAUGUUGGAGGUAUAUAGCCAGUCGUGUAGAGAAGAAGCGCUUAUUGUGACUGCCAUUGUUGACGACGAAGAAGUGGAAGUUAUCAUCUUCAAAGGAGUAUCGUCGUGCCUGAGCGGAGAAACAGCGGUUGAUCCGGCGAGGAGUGUGUUGCCGGAGAGAGCAGUGAUCACAAAGAUUGAUAGAGUGAGAGGUCCUUUUGAUCCAUCACAGAUUCAUUACAUUCAAAAGGGACUCUCUUUUCAAGCCUUCAAAGAGACCAGACUCAACUCAUGAAUCUUGAUUCAUUUAACAGAUUUGCAACAGUCACACUAAUCAAAUAAAUCACAGAGUAGGCUCAAAAGGGUAACUAUA